UGCCUUUCAGCAACCACCAGCAAAGCGUAUAUUGCCAUUAGUUCACAGACAAACAACCACUGCAGGCAGUCCUAAUGGAUCUGAAAGGGCGAUAUGAUGCUAUGGUGGAUUUGGAGUGUGAGGGAGAAGUUAUGGAAAAAGGAGGAAAAUUCAGUGGGAUGUUCAAAAGAUCCUCUAAACCAGCAGAACACUCAGUACCUGUGCAGGAGAAAGGAGGGAUGUUCAAAGGAAUUUUAAAGAAGUCUCCCAAGCCUUCCCAGGAUGUAACACAUGCUCAGGAUCAUUUGUCAACAGACAGUGAGCUUUCAUCCAGGCGAGGCAGCGAUGACAGUCUCAUUGUCAACAUCAACACUAAGGAGAAGGGGGGAGUGUUCAGUGGAAUGUUUAGAAAAUCCCCCAAGCCCCUGGGGGCUAGGACACAUUCUCAGGGUAAUCUGGAUGACCUAUCUACUCACAGUGAUCUCUCAGCCAGCACUGCCAGUCUCUCGGAAAAGACCCCGAAGGAUAAGGAAAGGGAUGAAGACCUAUCAGGCUCCAGGGAGAAACUCACCUUUUCUGACAAACACUUUGAAGCCAAGCAGGGUGGCAUAAUGGGGAAGAUGUUCAGGAAUCCAUUUAACUCCUCAACUCAGGAUAAGGAGAAGACUGAAGACACAUCAAGAUCAAGGGACAAACUAAUGUCAUCUGAUAAACAUUCCAAUGCCAAAGAUGUCAAAAGCAAUCUUAUCCAGAGAGAUAGGAAGGAAGGAACUGAAAUGCCAGCAGUUGCUCCUAGACCCACUGAAGAGGAGCUGAAGGGUACAGCCUUACAUGACCGACUGAAGAAGAGAGAGAUGGGCGACAAUCAGGCUAACAGGAAUAUGAUCCCGAGAGAGAGGACAGAGAAAACUGCUGAAACUCCAGAGGUUCCUCCCAGACCUACAGAAGAGGAGAUUAACAUACCAGCCAGACUUGGUCAGCAAAAAAAUCCAAAAGACAAUCAGGACCAAUCUGAUGAUCUUAAAGAGGGUGAAUCUCUCCUCACUGGGGAAAAGGAGGAGGGAGAAGACAAGGACGGAGAGGCCAAGAUGAAAAAACCUAGGCGACACAAUCCAUUCAUGCCACGCGGUGCAGGAGGCAAGGGUAAAGCCAUGCCGAAGAAGGUUGAAACCCAGCCGGGAGCUACAGGCAGUGACUCAAACGUGAAUGAUGGUGGAAAUAAAUCUUUAUUCGACCAAUUGGAGGAAUUCCGUGUUAAUCCGGCAGAGCCAGAGGAGCAGCAGGAUAUGGAUGGCCUGAUGGACUGGUGGGGCACAGUGGAGCAGUGGGAAGACAUGCCUCAAGAGGAUGACUUGACUGAAAAAGAGGAGGCCAAGGCGUUUGCAGUGACAGCUGAGAAGGUGCAGAAAGGUAUCCGUGUGUUCAACAAGCUGUUCUCAGAGCGUGCAGAGAGCCUGUGGCAGCACGUCAUUGACCUGAACAGCAUCGCAGAUGCCCUUGACUGCUUCAACAAGAAGACCAAGAUCGCCCAAAUCACUGGCGGCUCCACCAGCGCUGUAGGAGGCGUGUGUACCAUUGUAGGCCUCGCCCUGGCCCCUGUCACCAUGGGAACCUCCCUGAUCAUCACAGCGGUGGGACUGAGCGUGGCCACAGCAGGCGGCCUUACCUCAGCCGGAGCUGGACUCUCCAACACGGUCAACAACUCCAUGGACCGUAAGAAGGUGGAGGCCAUCGUGACGGACUACCAGAAGAAGAUGACCGACAUCAACAAGUGCAUGCUGUUCAUCAAGCAAGGGAUAGAGAGCCUGCGCAGGUUCGAUCUGAUGAAGAUGAAGAAGCAUGCGUACAACCGUGACUUCCCAGGCCUCAACAACAUCUAUGAGGACGGUGCCAUGGCUGGGAAGGCCAUCCUCAUCAACGCCAACGAGAUCAUGCGUGUGGUGCAGAUAGCCAAUGUGGCUGGCAGCACCGCGGCCAGAGCUGUCCAGAUUGCCAGCAUGGCCACCGGAGUGCUCACCGGCCUCUUUGUGGGCAUGGACAUCUACUUUGUGGCCAAGGACUCCAAGGAGCUGAAGAAGGGAGCCAAGUCUGAGUUUGCAGCCAAGAUCAGGGAGGUGGCGACCCAGCUGCAUGAUGGACUGGUGGAGCUUAAUGGCAUACGGGUUGAGCUGCAGUCCACAGAUCCAGACAACACCAAUGGCACCAACACCCCAGACAGUACCAAUAAUCGGAAAAAGCUGGACAGUGAUGACGACACAGACAAUUAUAAAACUUCUGACAGCAAAAGCAUUGUUGAUAACAGCAAUACUGCAGAUAACAGCCAUAAGACCAGCAAAGCCUAAACUGUACUUCAUUCCAACCCAUCUCUACAACUACACAAACUAUCCUGUCAGCAUUAAAAUGACUCGAAGCCGGAACUCUGAGGCUAUGAUUCAUAUGUCUCUCUUUGAUGGCACAAGCAACAAUGCCUGAAACUUUUGUUUGACAUAGACUGUGCAUAGGCAGGUGAAAAGAUGACAUCACCAGUCACCACUGGCUGGGGUGAAGAAUUAUUAUUAAAACUCUCUGUAAUAUCUGGGGAAAUUAUAUGUUGUACGACAAGCCCAUGUCCACAUUUUGUAAUUGUAGAUGUGUGCAUUGAGCCUGUCUUGACAACAUUAUCUACAAUAAUUUAUGAAACGUAAGGGUUGUGAGCUAAAGCAAUUUGUUCGUGGAGGCAGGAAACUGUUCAGAGAUGCAAAUUAUGAAAUGAGGUUACAAAAUGUUAAAAAUACAUUCUCAGGCACAUUAUUGAAGGGAUCAUGCUAACAGUCUUUUCCUUAGAGCCAAAUGUAAAAGCUAAACAUAAUAUUUUCAAGUUCAGCCAAAUACAUAUUUUGAUGGUUUAGAUUAUUCAUAGGCUAUGUAUGUAUUUACAGUAUGAAGGGUAUGGGUUUAGUCACUAUUUGAUUCCUAAGACUAUUGCUUGUUACAUUGCUUUGUUUUAUUUUUAGGUUGGUAGAGGAAUAUUAGUUCAUAUUGAAACAUUCAGGUUUUUAUCAAGUCUAAUUUGUAUUUUAGAUUAGGAUUGUAUGUUCUAUUACUGUUGAGUGCCUUCCUCAUUUAUAUGAUGCCUUUCAAGCACUUUAGGAUUAUUCUAUUUCCCUGUCUCGGGUUAAAACUAUAAUUUUGAUGUCAUGGAAGGUCAGUCCUUGCAUCUUUAGCUCCGUCUAUGAAUUUGAGAGUGGUUACAUAUGUUCAGGCUCAUCUCUCGGCUUUAACCAAAACAGAGGCUGGGUGGCCAAUUUGUUAUUGUUUCAUAUAAGGAUUCUAGCUUUAAUUCUAGUAUAUUUUUGUUGUAAUUGUUCAUAGUUUUUCUGUAUUUAUUUAAAGAUAUAUGAAAUGUAAUAAGUUGCCAAUAAACUUUGAAAUGUAUGUUAACAUACAGUUCUUUGAAUUCCAUGAA